AUGAGUCAACUGUCUACACUCAACAAUCAUCAGAAACCUGCUAAACCUGAAGAUAUUAGCGGACGAAUGUCUGUCUCUAGUCUUUCUUCUAAUCCUUGGAACAACGGGUCUGAACAACCGCAGACAAGUCAUACGCUUGAUGGAAGUUCUGGUAGCUUGCUCAAUCCCUUGUUAUCAGGAAUGUCAAAUGGUGUAUCCCAUCCGUUGAAUUAUCUCUAUGCUCCUUACGCCCAACCUGCAAAAUCUGCGGCUCCUCCUUAUCUGUCAAACAUGAAUCCUAUAGGAACGAGCCCCACGAAAUUGCCUUCCUUGUCUGCCACAAAUGCUUCCAGUGCAGCUUCAGGAGUGGUGGAUGCUUCAAGCUUCCCAGCCAAUCGUCCAGUGCAAUCUCGUAAUUCCCCUCCAAAGUUCCGUGGCAAUAGUUGCAGUGUUUCGGAUGGUCGUUCAUCUGUGAAUACUCUAAACUCGCUUACCUCCUUUGACCUACAAAAUGGAGGAUUAAACCUUUCUCUUCGGUCAAGAACCCCAAGUUUGGUUCCUGAACAUAUAUUUGAUGAUACAGACAGAUCUUUACAAUCGAAGAGCAGCAGUGGUUCAAAUUCAUUCACUGACUUUACUCCUGAAAGCUUUAACUCUUGCACGCUCCAUGUCCUCGAUGGUCUUCCUGAUGAUAUUGACAACCGAGAGUUCAGUGGGAUCUUUACGUUUUGUGAAGGUUAUGUUCAAUCAAAGGUUGUAAUAGAUUCUGGUCGUCGUAAAGGAAUAGUUACCUUCAAUAACCCGAGUGCAGCUACCAAAGCUAAGCAAAUGCUAAUGAACUCGCCAACCAACACAUUUACAAUCGUUCAGGGAAACCUCCCAAUCACUGAUAAUUUGCAACAACGAGCAACUCCUUCGUUCAAUCCAGGUUCAAUGCCAAUCAACAAGAAGCUCGACCCUUUAUUAGGAAAUAUACGUCCUUCUCCAAAUAUGGAAAACUCCCAGUACCUUGAUUCAAUUUCCGAAAGCAAGAUGUCCUCUUCUUUCCCAAAUCUUGAUGGCUUACAGUCUUGCGAGCCUUUGAAAGGUUCAAAAACCGAUUAUAUGAGCCAACCAAGAACAUCUAUUAGGAGUCCUUCUCCAUUAACUUGGAAAAACCAGCAACCUUUUCAGAAUGGAGGGAUAGGAGAUAAGACUUGGUAUGGGCCUCAAACUGCUAAGAAUGGGUAUAAUAAUACCACGGCCAACCCUCUACUUUCAACCACUGCUUCCAAGAAAAUUACAAAGCUACCGACAACACUAUCAGAUAUUAGCGAAGCUAAUCCCGCGUAUGAUAUCUUUGGCAGUCUUGCACCUACGAUUGAGGAUGAACGUUUACCUCUACCGCAAUCUAUCUCUCCGAAAGCCAGAUACCAUGCCACUGAAAAACCUCCAUAUCAAAAAGAGAAUUCUUUUUCAUCUUUUCAAGGGCUUGAUCGCUCAAACCCGUUUGAAGAGGCCUUAAGGAUGGAACGAUUGAGUCCUGUCAAAGAGCUGCCAGCAAUUCGGCCUCGAGCCAUACCCCUUAACGGCGUAGCACCCUACGAACAUGAAUCUCAUCGUCCUCCAAAAUGGAAACCUUUGCCAGAUUUAAACGUUGUUAAGUCAAGACCGUCCCUUAGAAAGCGGCCAAUUCCAAAUCCUCAAAUUACUGAAAGCAACUUGCUAUCGUGCUUUCAGGCUGAUACACCUAAAGUAGAAUUUGACUCCGAUGCCUUAGAAGCAAAUGCUCACACGGAUCAUAACACUCCCUGUAAUACCAUCUAUGUCGGAAAUAUUUCUGCUUAUGACCAGGAAAAGGAGUUGCGGAAGCUUUUCUCAACACAGCCAGGGUAUCGCAGACUUUCUUUCAAAGUAAAGGGUAAUAACCCAAUGUGCUUCGUAGAGUUUGAAGAGAUCUCUUAUGCUACAAAAGCAUUAAACAAACUUCAAGGAGCUAUCCUAAAAAAUAGCCCUAAAGGUGGAAUUCGCCUAAGUUACUCAAAAAAUCCGCUUGGAGUUCGAUCAUCAGAAAGCUUGCCCAUUGUUACGGCGGCCUCACAAAGAACCUCCCCUGUUAGAAACGGAAGUGCUUAUUCUGCAAAAGCGCAAGCAUCUUUGGAUAGAAAUUCUCCUUUCGCAUCAAGUGUUUCAAGACAAACAAGCUCAACGAGUCUUCCGAGUAAACAUGAGAGUAUGAGCGAUUUGUUUGACAUCUUUGAAAUAAACACCAAAUAA